AGUUUACUCCAAGCCAUCGCCUCAAGUGGUUGACUUUCUCAAUUCAGGUUUGUUUUAAAGUGCAAUUAAUUUCAAAUGAAUAGUUUAAAGUGCUAUUAAUCUUUACGAGUUUAAGAAUGUCAAACUAAGCUAUUAAAAUAAAUCAUUUUCGUAAAUGUAUGCAAAAAUUGUUCUCGGUGUACAAUUUCUUAUUAUUAGUCGCUUAUCGGGAACUCAGCAAAGCGAAUGCUUCUUAGCUUCCAGAACUCACAUUAAUUUAAGCUUUAGACUUGAAACAAGAUGAGGCAAAGUGAGCCUGUAGAAGAGUACAAAGACUUAUAAAUAAAAAGCAUGAGUUCCUUCGCCAUGGUUCCCAGCACACCUCCUCCUUCGUAUGAGGAGGCAAUGGGCUGGACGCCACGGAUAUCACACAGCACCACGCGGCUACUCCCGGAGAAUUCUUCAUCACUUAUGAUCUGUCCACUGUGCCACGACGAGAUCGAGACGACCACAAAGAUCCGGCGCCGAAGGAUCGCCUAUGUGGCCUCGGGCAUAGUGCUAAUCACCACCUGCGGCAUGGGAUGCUGGAUGAUCCCCUGCAUCCUCGACUGCUUUAACGAGAUCCAUCACUCGUGUCCCGUCUGCAAGGCAACCCUGGCAAUCGUUCCUCAGCAGGAUCAGAGCUGGCCAACCUAAUUGAGUCACUUAAAGUGCACGAACUUAGCUUAAAGCUUUAUUAUUUAAUACCUAAAACUAAGUGGAUGCCACAAGCUGAAAAAAGAUAGUAGCUCUAAGCUAGCUCUAAGUUAAUACUGAGUUGUACUGAAUAAACCAAAAAUCAAUACGUUAAACUCA